CUUCCACUGUCCACAGCGAGUGAAAGCCAAGCAAUAAACAAACUGCCCUCCUAUACAGUAGCUUUGUAACACUGUCCGUUUAUAACAGCGUACGGUGUCGCAGGGAACACAGAUAAGGAAGGAAAUGUAAACCAGUGGGGACAUAUUUGUUCCUGGUGUAAUUCCGUCACCCUCACAGCGACACCAAGGUUGAGUUUAACUCACGGCUUAGUUUAGCCCUGCAAGAGGUUUUGAAAGCUAGUUUGAAAGAACAUCCUCCUGGAAGCGCUGUGGUUACACGAAGUGCUGUGAGAGCCCCUUCCCCACUGCUGCCCCAGCCUCCAGGGCCACCUCUCCCUGCACCGAGGGUUCUGUCACAGCUGGAAAACCCUCCCGAUGUCUGAUAGCCCCACGGCCCCUCUCCUGCUCCCCCAGCAAACGAGUCACAAGCCCGUGGCUGGCCCAGGAAGAGAAAGUGAUGGGAAUCAGAGCACUGGCCGACGAGAUGAUGCACUCAGUACGAGGAUUGUUUUGGAAAGGAAGGACAUGCCGGAGUCUGAACCAGUAGCACCCCCGCCUCUCCCAGGGAAAACACAAAGGGGGAUCAUCCCAGCCAGAAGAACGAGAAGCUCCAGCUCUCAGCUCAACUGUCCUGGCUCUGCUGAGCCACCCUCAGCAAUGCAGGGCGCAGGGGCGGGCAGCCCUGCCCAGCACGGCGCCCAGGGAAAUCUCAUUUACAGCAACGUGGAAGAAAUGCGAGCACACUUGGUGCCAGCCAAGACAUGCCGAGGGGAGUCACCUGAAAAGCUCCCCUCUGAGGCCAGCAGUGAUCCUCUCCCUCCACCCCUGCCAAAAAAGCAGCUCAGCAGAACCAGGUCCUUGCCCGAGAUGCAGACUCAUCACUACUACCCGUGCAAGAGUGCCCCCUUCCCCACGCCGCAUUAUGUCUACAACACCCUGUAUGAGGUCUCCACACACAGCAAGGGAGGCAGCCGCAGCUACUCUGAGUCAACGGAAGGAGCUCUCUGUGGCCCUAAAAGAUACUUGUCUAAGUCCCAAAGCCUGGGUGCAUCUGAGCCCUGGGACGCCCUGUGUGAAGCUCACCCUGUCCCUGUCCCUGUCCCUGUCCCAAGGCACAUCACCACAGAAGAACUGACGUUCACUACUCCUGAUGGAGAGCUCGUCUACUUUUUCGAGGACCUGGAGAGCACAACCAACGUCUAUGAGAAGGUGAUGGGGUGCCACCUGGUGUCUUUGAUCCAUCUCACGGCAAGGGCACAGAAGAUCCUGGGCGGAAAGGAGGAGGAGCAGCAGCUGAUGAGAGCAGAGCUUGCAGGAAAGAAGAAGUGGGCAGAUUUCACGCUCUUAGACAAGCAGCCAUGUUGUGAAACAGGAGACGCCUGGUAUUACCGUGUUUCCUGUUCCUCUGAGCAAGCCCAGCAAAUAUUCGCAGCCAAGGUCCAUAAAUCCUAUCCCUGCAGUCUCUCGGUACAGAUGUCUGUAGAAGCUCAUUUCAACAUUCAGCAAGUGUUUAGCUACUUCCUUGAUUCCCUCCCUAAGGACCUCAUGCCUGUGGAAAGGCCUCAGAAGCUAGAUCAGUUCUGUCCUGGAGAAUGUGAGGAAGCUGUUUCCAACAGUGCAUCCCCUCCUCUUACCCAGGUGGCCAUCUCUCCUGAGGUUCCUUAUCAAACCCUGGCUGAUUUUGUGAAGGGAUCACAAGAUCUCCACAGCUCCAGGCCCGGGCACUAUGAACGCCUGGCUUGCCUCCUCAUGCUGCAGUUGUGUACAGGGCUAGAGCAUCUCAAGCAGCAGAAGGUUGCUCACUACAACAUUCACAUGGAGAACCUGCUCUUGGUGCACUGUCCAUCUCCUCACCAGGGCCAGCAGGACAAAGAUUCAUCUGCAGAGCUGUCGCUUCCAAGGUUGGUCAUCAGCAACUUCUCUAAAGCUACAGGAAAGAAGACAUUUACUUCUGUGGCCCAAGAUCCAGACCGAGUCAGCAUGGCCCCCAAAUGGCUCUCUGUGGCUCACUUCCAAAAUGCAGAGGGGUUCCAGGUAGGCAUAUUGGUCUAUGAGAUCUUGCAUCAGCCCAGCCCCUUGGAGAAGCCCUCAGGACUCAGGAUUGGUGACCUCCCUGCCAUCCCAGCCCUGUCCAUCUAUUCGGGGGGGCUCCAGAACCUGGCCACCCUGCUUCUUCACCCAGAUCCGCACAGGAGUGUGUCCAUCGAACAAGCAAAGAACAUGCUGCAGGUCUUGCUGUGGGGACCACGCCAGGAGCUCUUUGCCAGGAACCAAAUCACUCCGGUCUUGCUCCGGAACUGGGUGGCCAUUAAAAGGGUGCUGUUGCUGCUGAAGUUUGCAGAGAAGGCGUCUGAGGCAGAGGUGACCAUACGGCUGGAAGAGUGGCUGUGCUGUUUGUACUUCACAGAGACCCCCGAGCACACGCUCCUCCACACCCUCAGCAUUCUGCUUGCUUUAGAAAGCCCGGGGGCACAUUAG